AUGAGUAGCCUAUUUGUUUCUGUUACCAUCACCCCAUGUGCUCCAAUGGCUCGUGUUGAAGGGGUUAUUAAAAAAAUGACCAUUGGAUAUUCAAAUACUAUGCAACAUUGUCAUAAAACAAACAAUCAAAUAUUAACACAACCAAGUAUACCAAUGAGUAAUUAUGGUCUUGAUAAUGAAACAGGAGAUUUGAUUAUUAGGACAGAUGAUAUUAUUGGGUCAGCAACUUCAAUGGAAGGAAUCCAGUUUUCUAUGGAUCAAAAAUCAUUAACACGGUAUAGAGUUAUCCAAUUACUUGGUCAAGGAACAUUUGGUCAAGUUGUUAAAUGUAUUGAUUUAAGUACAAACAAGUAUGUAGCUAUUAAGGUUUUAAAAAAUAAACCAGCGUAUUUUAAACAGUCGUUGAUUGAAGUAACAGUUCUUCAUUUCGUUUGUAACUUUUUGUCUCUAUUUUUAAUUAUACGAAGUUAG